AUGCACUUCAAGCGCUAUGACGUCCUGGACGUUUUCACUAUUGUAUUUCCUUCCAAGAAUGCGAUCGGUGAACAAACGAUACAGUUAGAGACGGAUAAUUUCAACGUGACCAAGACAGUGUUUCUGUUCGAUCGCUACACCGAACUUACCGCUGACCAGGUGGCAGAAAGCUGCAAGUGGUAUACAAGGUGGCCCGACGCAACCACCAGUCCUUGGUUCCGCGAGAACUUACGCCUGUCCUAUGAUUAUCUGUGCAAUCAUAUGACUCCACAAUUAUGGAGCAAAGUUCUCAAAGACCUUCUUCCUUAUCGGGAUACCCAAGGAAUGGGCGGCCCCUUGGUCGUCUUCUUCAUAAUGAAACGCCUCCAAGUCAACUCUCAGCUCGUCGUGAAGACGAUUCAAGGCCAGCUCAGGACACUUCACAUUGAUCAAUAUGAAGGAGAAAGCGUGGACGAUUUGGUUAGUCACAUUAAGGUGAUGUUGACUGGACUCAAGUCACUUGAAAAACGUAUCGAUGGGAGAGUGGUCUCCUCGAACGUUCCUCAUGACAUUGGCAAAACUCUCAUCUCGUUGUUCCAGACAUCGAGUGAUCCCAAGUUCAAUGAGGUUUUCCAUAACAAAGAAAUCAACGCAUACGAGCAGGCACUUACUCAAGGAGAUGCUGCUUAUGGUUCCCCUGAUAUGAUACUCGAUCUCGCGACGAGCAUCUAUCAGAAUCGCAUGGCCUCUAAAGAGGGAGGGACUGGCCAAUUUCACAAGGUCAACGAAACUGCAUUUUCGGCUCAAAAGUCAGUGGGACCCUGUUUCAACUGCGGUGGCAAGCAUUCCGUCACUGCCUGCACGGAACCAAUAAAUAAAGAGCGCGUCUCACAGAAUAAGCGGAAAUUCUUUGACGAAAAGAAGGCCCAAAAGAAUCCAGGCAAGAAAGGGCGUUCCAGGCUUGGCGCCGGAGUUCAAUUUGAGCAUCUUCCCUCCGAGACGAAUAAUCGCCCCCAUGCACUCCUAUCUGGUGCUCCAACUCCAGCUCCUGCAGCUCCAGCUCCCGCUCCUCCAGCGGCUGCGGCUCCUGCUGCUCCUGCUCCGCCCGUCAACCAAGUUCCCUCUGGCGAUGCCUCUGCUUUGACCGCUGCAACUUCUGCUACCAACCUUCCUCAGAUUCGUCAGCAGGUCUCUGCCAUUGCCACGGGCAUGAACCAACUUAUUGAUCAAGUGAACCGUGCCACUUUACUCCUACGGAUGAUUGUAGUCUUCCUCUCUACCGUCAUCCCGUCCUACCCUUCCGUCACCAUGUGGUGGCCCUUGCUGCAAGGGGGUAUGGAUGAGUUUCGUCCUCAUCUUAAAUGCAGCAAUGCCCUCAAUAGCUCCUCCAUCCUCUCCUCCAGUCGCGGAGCGACUUCGUCAUCGAAAUAUCUGCCUUUGCUAGUGCCAACUCCUCCUUCCAAUGCACUAGAACUUCUCGGAUGUGCCUUUCCUUGGCGCUGUUGCAAGUCCAAGUCUCCAAAGCGCAAUUCACCUCAUUAUCACCUCAUCCUCAAAGCCUUGCGUCGUCGAGUCAAGCCUCAAAGAGUACAGUUCUAUCGGAAGACGGCAAGAACAAAGGAAAAGAAAAGAAAAAGGCAACAUAAGCAAGCCGAAAAGCAAGCAACAAGUGUUCCCCAUCAUUGGAACUCACCUUCAGAUGAAGAGAUCCUCGAAGACUACACAAGGAACAAGCAUCGUUUCCUUCACUUGAGCUUCAUCCAGAUUGACGCCAAGUAUGGAGUUGACCUCGACCAGUUUGUUCGAAGUGUCGAUCCUCUCAAGCAAUACCAUCAAAUAGCAGCCCUGUGA